UCAUGUUUUAUUCAUUUUUUUUAAAGCAAUUAUGUAGUGAUUAUACAAUUCAUAGUUGCAUAUAUUUUUUUUCUUUCGGCUGAUCGCGGCCACCACAUUUGGGUCAAGGACCGAAAUAUCAGAAGAACAAUUUCAUGGAGCAAAACUGGCACCCUUAUGUAUAGAAGGAAGUGUGGCAUUAAUUAUUAUUUUUGUACUUUGUGAUAAUACUUUAACCAGCAAAUUUAUUAUUUUGCAUUGAAUUAUUGUGGAUGAAUGGUUUUUGUGUACGGGCUUUGAUCAUCGAGCGGCGUAGGUUGUGAAUUAGUUGAUAAAUAAUAGCAAACUUCUUGUGACUGAGGUUCUCAUAUGUUCUUCAUUCUAUAGCAUGCAUGUCCCUAAAACCUCAGGGACUUUGGAUCAGACCUAUAUUAUUCAUGGCACUGCUCUGAGCAUAUAGCUUGGUAGAGAUAUCAGGCAAACUCAUGUUUGCGGGGGAAAAUUCAAGAGAGGCAGAUUCAAUCACAGGCGGGAUCGAGGAGGUUGAAGAAGAAUCCAUUUUCUGCAACCUUAGUGGCAGUCUGAUGCCAUGUAAAGAAGCGGCCUAAUCUAAUGCAGGGCCUUUGUAUUUGCUUAUAUAGAAAAUACAAUGUGACAUUUUACAGCUAAGAUGACAACGAGACAUAGCUAUACAUGGAAGUAAAACUAUACAUGGAAGUAAAAACAGCUGGUGCUAACGGUUAUUACAGAAUAUGCGGGACUCUCAAAGAGGAGGAAAUCUCGGCAAUAACAGUGAUGAUAAUCUUUACAAGUCUGACAGGUGGUGAAAUGGAGUCAUCUAGGCAUACUUCUGUAUUCAACUAUAAAGAAGGUCUACUUGCAUCAAGCAGCACUGAAGGACGUGAUGAUGGAAGGAGUAGAUCCAUGUGUUUCAUCUUGGUGAGUAAAAAUAUCAAGAAGUCCUGGAAUGAUUUACAAGAACUUGCUGGGAGAGCAUGGGAAAUGGGUCACUCUGACCCUCGGAAAGUCAUAUUUGCAACCAAAAUGGGGCUGGCGUUGUCAAUUGUGUCCUUUCUCAUAUUCUGGAAACAAUCAUAUCACGACAUCAGUCAGUACUCAAUCUGGGCAAUCCUCACUGUCAUUGUGAUGUUUGAAUACACUAUAGGAGCAACCUUUAUCAAGGGUUUCAAUCGCGGUUUGGGAACAUUUUGUGCAGGAAUUCUUGCUUUCUUCUUUUCUGAGCUAACUUUGUUGGCUGGCCAAUGGGAGGAAGUUGUAAUUGUUAUAAGCAUUUUUAUAACAGGAUUCUUUGCCUCUUAUCUGAAGCUGUAUCCCUCAAUGAAGCCCUACGAAUAUGGAUUUCGAGUAUUCAUAUUGACUUAUUGUAUCCUUAUGGUUGCUGGGAAUAGGACUAGAGGAUAUCUUGAGGCAAUUGUAACUCGACUAGUCCUUAUUGCAGUGGGAGCAGGCGUAUGUUUAGUUAUAAAUAUUUUCAUUUACCCCAUUUGGUCGGGCGAGGAUCUGCACCACUUGGUGGUGAAAAACUUCAAGGGUUUAGCUGCUUCCUUAGAAGCAUGUGUCAAUGGAUAUCUGAAGGGCAUUGAAUAUGAAACUGUCCCCUCAACAUUACUUACAUGCCAAGCUGCAGAUGAUCCACUGUACAGCGGUUACCGAUCAGUGGUAGACUCUGCACGCCAAGAGGACACUCUGUUAGGCUUUGCAGUCUGGGAACCACCUCACGGGCGCUAUAAAAUGUUCAAUUAUCCAUGGAAAAACUAUGUCAAAGUAAGUGGCGCAUUGAGGCAUUGUGCGUUCACGGUCAUGGCACUGCAUGGAUGUAUUCUAUCAGAAAUACAGGCCCCAGCAGAGAGGAGACAAGUCUUUCGCAACGAGCUUCAGAUGGUUGGAGCAGCAGGUGCUAAAGUUUUACUUGAGCUUGGAAGGAAAGUAGAAAGAAUGGAAAAAUUAGGCCCUGGAGACGUACUUAGAGAGGUUCAUGAGGCUGCAGAGCAACUACAGAAGAAGAUAGACAAAAGAUCAUAUAUCCUGGUCAAUUCAGAGAGCUGGGAAAUUGGAAGACGGCCCAAGACGAUAGAAUGCCUCGAAGAUCUUUUGGAUAAAGAUAAGGAAAGUGUGCAAUUGGGGUUCAAGUCCUUAAGUGAAUCUGUACUUGAUCUGAGCUCACUUCCAGUGGAGACUCCUUUAAAAAAUGGUGGUUCAAAGGAUAUAUUCAGAAAGCAAAUAGCUUGGCCAUUGCGUCACCCAUUCAAUGGCGAUGCAGUUGCAGAGGAAGAUGAAUACAAUACAUAUGAAAGUGCAAGCGCCAUGUCUUUAGGGACAUUUGUUUCACUUGUGAUUGAAUUUGUUGCAAGGCUUCAAAAUGUGGUUGACACAUUUGAAGAACUCAGCGAGAAAGCAGAUUUUGAGGAGCCUUUUGUCAAUGUGCCCACGACAAAGAGGGUUGGAUUUUGGAUCAGACUAUUCAGGUGUUACAGUUUCAAAUACUGAGAUGCGAGUUUUGCAAAUUCAUGCUUUUGGUUUUCUAAAAGAGUGAAAAUAACAAAAUAAUUUCAGGGAAUAUUUCAGCGGUGUAGCCCCCCCAUCGAUGCAGGAGUUAAAAAAGGCUUUGUGGAGCAUUCCUGCUGACAAUAGCCCUGAAUCAAAUGGAUUGUGUUCCAGUUUCUUCAUGAACUGAUGGGACUUGGUUGCUAAAGAUCUGUUAAUGGCAGCCCUUGAUUUCUUGAGUGCUCAAGUUCUACUUCUUUUUUAAUACCCAAAGAGGAUAAGCCUUCUGGUUCUGCCAAGUACAAACCAGUAAGCCUUAGUUCUAUGGUCUACAAAAUCUUUGCUUAAAUCAUGGGUUAACAGAUUGUCA